UUCCAUCGUCUGAGCGUCGCAUCGCAGAUGCGCAAGCAGAUAGCGCAUUUUGAGCCAAGCAACUAGCCCAGUACCAGAAGCUCAUCCUCGCUUCUUCGAACCUUCACUAUGAUGGCCAGCACCGCAGACUCGGUCUACGAUUUCGGGUUCGCUCCGAAAAGGAAAGUUGUCACCUACGGGAAAGCGGGGAGGAGGAGGACCGAUGCAACGAGGCCAGCAAUUUUGAGGCACGCAGAAUCUGCGCCGGCGAUUCCCACCUCGUUCGUCAAAACGCAGUCCCGGUCGCUCGAGCCGGCGCUGCCGACGCGCGGUGUCCAUUCGACCAAAGUCCGGCAACAAGACAUCCGCGAGCAUGACUCCAAAGUCCUCCGGAAGCCUCCGGAAGAGCCUCACAGUCAGCCGCUCCCGGACCUUUACGACAUUGACACGCAGCUCGACGACGACGCGACGAGGGUGAAGAAACGGAGGAUCGUGCGGGGGACUUCUGAUAAGGGCGGGCUCACUGGUGCAUAUUCCACGCCGGAUUCAACCCCCCCAGGAGUGCGAUCACCUGUCUCGCAGGCCGUGGAUGAAAUUCCGGGAUUGACACGCAAUGCGAGUGCGUCUCCGGCAUCGCGACGAAGCACGCCCGAUCCCGACAUCGGGGACGAGGGGCCGACGUUGAUGCCCUUCUCAGCCAAGACUUCCCGAACUUUGAAGAACCUAAGUGUCGGCUCCAGAACGUUGGGAUCAAAGAAGCAACAGAUUCCCAUCCGCCUUUCUGCCCAAGCUUCGUCGAACCCGAAGCCCGUCCCCAAACAGCCAUCACGGCCACCAGCUACGCCAACCAGCGCUCAAAACCCCAGCCAUGACGUUCAUCAAGUCCGGAAAAGGCGAUUGAUCGAUACCCUAGCGGCGCAGGCGGAAGAAGAAAUCAGCUCUUCCGAGGACGAGACAUCGGCUCGAAAAUCAGAGACCCAAAGCUCACCGCCCUCGCCAGCAGGGGGGGGCUCUACCCCGCCUACCACAUCCGCUCUUCGUGAGGCAAAACCAAUCCUGCGGCCUUUAAUGGUGGCCAAGAAGACUGGUCCCAAGUUCACCUACAGCCAACACAGAACAAUGUUGGCUGAUGAUGAUCCCCUACUGGGGGCCGCCGGAUUCGGUGACCUCGGGGACGAGCUGGCGGAAGGCGCGCUGUUCAACUUUGGGCGUCUUACCAAGAGCUCAACCAUCAACACAUUUUCCUAUUUGGACGAGGAUGACGAGACUGUCAAUACCGGUGCUGUUCGGAGUAUCCACGAGCUGAGGCAAGCCGGGGCGAACAGCCGCUUCGCUGACGAAAUGGACGAUAUACUCGACCGCGUCGGCACGCCAUCGGCCAAGCCGGCGUCUCUGCGGAGAGGAGCAUUGCUAGAGCUCGCCCAGAAGAUGAAGCACAAAGACUUCCGCCAGCAAUUCCGAAAUCACGGCGAGGAAGGAAGCUUAUUCAAGUCUCUCGGAGACGAGAAGGAUCUGGUCUCUGGCUACGCACUUUUGGCUAUAGUCACGACUCUUCUCGCCUCUACCACGUCGGCCCACUUGCUUCAGCAGCUUCGCUCCCAGGGUCUCGCCUCCCUCCUGAGCUGGCUUCUCGACAACACCGCAGAUAUCGUCCAACUCGCCAAGGAUCGGAAGCAGAACGUGUCUCGGAACGGCCAGCUAGCGUUGGCGACGAUCAAAUCCUCGCUUCUGGAGCUGCCCGUCUGGGAGCCUUGCUCCCCGACAACACUGUCGCCGCGUACGUUGGCCUUGAAGUGCCUAGACCUCCUUAUGCGGCAACCUACGCACACGACCGCCGAAGACGCGUUGCUCUCCAAAACAGUUACCCACCGCUUGUUUGCGAUCCUCGCGAGCGGCGUGUCCGAUUCGGCGUGCUGGGACUUUCCGAACCAGCCAGCGUCUUGCGAUUUCCACCUCGCGCUCUUUGUGCUGGAAGGCCAUUCAAUCGGCGCAAUGCAGUCCCAGUUCAGCGCGACGUGGACCAAACAAUACGCGCCGAUCAUCGCCGCCGUUUUGGAAACCGCGCUGAGGCGGCCGACUGACCAGCUUGGCGACCUCGCAAGUCUGGCCUUGAGGAUUUCUCUGAACAUCACAAACCACAACAGCGAGGCUUGCCGGUUAUUUGUUGAAAGGGGGCUGCUCCGGCGCUCGGCUGAAUCGGCAUGCGAUGCCUUUGACAUCGUCCUGAACUCAAUGCAACUUGACGCCUUUUUAACCAAAGUGCUUGAGUCUCUCAUAAUGAUGCUCGGGGCUAUGAUCAAUUUCUGUAUGUACUAUCCGCCUGCGUCGGAAAGACUCGAGGAACAAGACGACAGCGCGCCGUCACCCCUGCGCCGGCUCAUCCAGGUGUUUGCGGAUAAUCACACGAAGACAGCAGAGGCCGAUUCAAUGGAAAAGACACAACUCAAUGUUGCGUUGGGUUAUCUCUCAAUCCUCCUGGGUUGUCUCUGUUUGACAGACUCGAUCAGAGACACCUUCGUCCUUGUUCACCCCAAAAAGAGCAUUCAGCCACUGCUCGACUCGGUCAACGAGUUCAUUGCUUUCCACCGCAAAGUUGCCGAGACAGAAGUUGCGGAGGGAGCGAAGCAAGAUGCCGAAUCGGCUUCCCUAAAUCGGCUUCAUACCUUGGCAGACCAGCUCGCAGUGCUCUGUUAAGGGCCGCGAAGCUCGUGUCGCGGACAUGUCUUUUACCGUGGAUGGCGCUUGGUCGUCAAAUCGUCGUCAAGGAAACAGCUUACAUAGUGGGGCGGCGGAACUUUGAUGCUUUGCUUUGAUAUU